UUUAAUAACAACCGAACCUACACUACAGAUGCUGCUCAUGUGCAGGCGAGUCUGAGGUAGUUGGAUUCAAUAAGUAUAACGUUUUAUGUCAGUUGUUGUUUAGGCAAUAAGUGUCCACUGAGUAAAGUUCACUGUUUGUGUUUAUAUUCGUGGACGGACUUUGAGGAUCAUGAAAUAACAGUGUUACCCGUUGCAUCUAUGAAGUGUCUGUCAUAAACUUCUCGAUCGCGGCAUGUCCUCUCCGUGUUGGAUUUUUUGAUGGGGCUUUUAAGAGUAAAGAUGCCGCCGAAGUUUCAGCUCCUGGCUCUGUUGGCUUUUGCGAUUGCCAUGAUCUUCUUGGAAAACCAAAUUCAGAAGCUUGAGGAGUCACGGGGAAAGCUGGAACGAGCUAUUGCCAGACAUGAGGUACAAGAGAUUGAGCAGCGGCACAUUCAGGAGUGGGUAAAGGAAGAUGUGCAAGAGGAGGACAAUACGGUGGUCAUCUACAACCGAGUGCCAAAAACAGCCAGCACCUCCUUCACCAACAUAGCCUAUGACCUGUGCAACAAGAACCACUACCAUGUGCUGCACAUUAAUACCACUAAAAACAACCCUGUCAUGUCCUUUCAGGACCAGGUACGAUUUGUCAAGAAUGUGACUUUAUGGAAAGAGAUGAAACCUGCAUUCUACCAUGGACACGUUUCCUUUCUGGACUUCACUAAAUUUGGGGUAAAGAAAAGGCCAAUUUACAUAAAUGUCAUCCGGGACCCCAUUGAGCGCCUGGUGUCUUACUACUACUUCCUGCGCUUUGGUGAUGACUACAGGCCAGGCCUACGACGCAGGAAGCAAGGAGACAAAAAGACGUUUGAUGAGUGUGUAGCUGCAGGAGGAUCUGAUUGUGCUCCAGAGAAACUGUGGCUUCAAAUUCCCUUUUUCUGCGGUCACUACUCUGAGUGCUGGAACAUUGGCAGUAAAUGGGCAUUGGAGCAGGCCAAAUACAACCUGGUGAAUGAAUAUAUGUUAGUUGGGGUGACAGAAGAGUUGGAAGACUUUGUUAUGAUGCUGGAGGCAGCACUUCCUCGUUUUUUUAAAGGGGCCGCAGAGCUCUAUCGGACAGGGAAGAAAUCUCACCUAAGGAAGACAAGUGAGAAGAAGGCACCCACCAAAGAGUCUAUUGCCAGACUACAGCAGUCAGACAUCUGGAAAAUGGAGAAUGAGUUUUAUGAGUUUGCACUAGAGCAGUUCCAGUAUGUUCGGGCUCAUGCAGUGAGAGAAAAAGAUGGAGAACUGUACCUACUGGCACAAAACUUUUUCUAUGAGAAAAUCUAUCCAAAAACUACCUGACACUCAAGAGUGCUACAUAAUGCUGUAAGAUGUUGUCAGAAACACUAGAGGAGAGAAGACAUUACAUUUAUUGGUACAUUCUGGCUAAUCGCUCUCCAUCUGGAUUUGUACAUUACAGGAACUGAAUCAAGUAAGUGCCACAGGGAAGAGUCUUGGGGCCAAGUAGCUUUCAGGAGCUUUAUACCCCCCAAAACAUAUCAUUUCAAAAUUCUCAGCUGAGCUUUAAUUGACUGAGAUCUUUUCAUUAUUACAGACAACUAUCACCUUUUUGCCAUAUGCUCUUGGACUUUAAACAGAUGCUGCCAUGUUUCUUGAGAGAUUUUUCAGCAUAAUGUCUUUGAUUCUCAUUUAAUAGUAGUUUUAUUGUUAUUGUUGUUCUGUAACUGAAUGAUGCUGGGUGAGAGUUUAACAUCUUAUUUUAAAGUGUAAGACUACUAAACAUUGAAUAUCCUGAAGUUCUUUAUCAGAAUGGCAAAUGAGCCUUAAGGACAAAAUGUGGAGCUGGAGUCAGUCAACUUGAACAUUUUUGGUAGAUUCAAAAGGCUAUUUAUGGAAUGUGUAGGGAAUACCGAAGUAUUUUACAUAGUUAAAAAAAUGCCAUGUUAUUUCUUUGUAAUACCUGAAACUUUAAAAAAAAAUAAAAAAUACAUUAGUGGUUUUUAUAUAUAUUUUUUUAGUAUUAUUAGUCAGAACCUUCUACUCACAAACCUGAUGUUCAUUCCUUUUUUUUUUUUUUUUAGCAAUUACCCAAGAAAAUAUAUUUUUUAUCUAUAAAUAAAUAAAUAAAUAAAUAUGUAAAUACUGGUCAUUUAGUUAUGGUUGGACCAAAAAGUUUAAAUACAGGAGGAUAACUGCAUGAUCUUUUCUUAUUAGCAAUUUGUUUUUCCAAUUUUAAAAUGUGCUGUUCAAACCUAAAAAAAAUUUCAACAACUUGCAUGUCAGUUCUUUUAUUGCAAAGGACAGACAAAAUAUUUUUAAACUGUACUCUUGUUUCAGUGCAAACUUUUUGUGUUUUGAUUUAAUAUUCUUUGCCUUUUUGUUACUAACUACACAAACAUAAAUGAAAAAAAUGUCUUUCUUUUCGAAUAAUCUUUUUUCACCCUUAAACUUCUUUAAUCUAGAAUAAAUGACCAGAAUUGCUCUCUAUCCAACAUGGGUGUAACCCAUUAGUUUAAACUCAGUUAAGAGUGCACAAAAGACAUACUAAUGCAAAUACAUUAAACAUGCGCAAAACUUAGUCGUUUUCUUAGCAAUGCAGUGCAUCACUGCAAUAUAUUCUCUGUCCAAACCAUUCCAUGUUAUCUCAUUUGAACAAAACCAUUUUAUCGACAUCAAAGAGGUGAUAUGCUUCUGAGUCCAUCUCAAUGGAAAUGUAAUCAGCAACACAAUUAAAGCAUUAUGGAGUCAUUCGCUCAAUGGCAUGGCCUAGAUAAUGGUGUAAAUAAUUAAUUUUUCUAUUAACUCAUUGUGUCUUCAGUUUGCCUCUCAACACACUGGGAAUAGAUACCAUGCUGCCAUUCAGAGAUACAAUUUUUCUAAUUAGCACUCAAAUGAAGGGCUGCCUGUAGCCUCUGAUGGUCAUUGUCAGCGUUUUUUAGCUCCCACCACUUAGAUCAUGAUGGUUGAUUGAGCUGUCACAGCAACAAAUAAAGGGCUAUUCUAACAAUCCCUUUCUGUAUUUGAUCGACAGUCAGGCUUCACUUCAUUUUUAAUGAACUUAUAAUUGUAGGGUAUAGUCAACAGGAAAAGGAUACAUUAUAGGGAAAAUGUUUAAUUAAAAUAAGCAGUUAAAAUAAUUCAGUGGAUUUGUCUGAAAAUGUAUUUGCCUGAGCAAAAUUUUCACACAUUUUCACAUAUAUAUAUUGCAGAGUACAUUAGAUACCUUCAGUUGUCUUGUGCUCAAAAGAACAUGGCUGGUUCACGCUUGUUAACCUUUUGAAAAUAAUGUGGUCUCUGUUUCGCUGUUUCCAUGUGAUGUUUAUCUAACUGUAUGCUUGGACAGCUCCCACCCUUUGUUACUGUGAGUCUUUAUCUGAAACGUCACAAUAUGCCUCUGCUCAGCAAACAAUUAAAGUAA